GCCUGAAACCGAACCAAAGGGACGUAGACUGCAGUCCACCGACGGUGGCUGCGUUCGCGCCAUGUCUGCGUAGCUUAUCAUCAAAGAGAUAAUGCAUCGCAUCCAAGUCAGCGAAGGACCGCCUUCCACACCUCUGCCGUGCGAGUACUUCGACCUCAUCGGGGGCACCGAUAUCGGCGGGCUCGCCGUGUUGAUGUUCGGCCGUCUCCGCAUGCCAAUCGACGAUGCGAUUGCGGCUUUCAGUCACUUCGUCGACGCUGUGUGGGCUCGCGGUCGCAAGCAUCGCGGUGAGGAUAAGUUUAAAGCCAGCAAACUCGAAAAGGUCAUCAAAGACAUCGUGAAGGCUGCCUCCGGUGAUGUCGACGCUCUCAUGGUGGGCGGUCCUGCUGAUCGUGACGGUGAUGUUGGCCACGACUUUGUUUGUGCUAUGCUGGCCGGGAACCAGAAUACCAGUAUUUUUACUCUGUUCCGUACGUACGUAGCUCGAACCAAUCCCAGCCCCGACUGUGCCGUGUGGGAGGCUGUGUAUGCCACGAUGGCUCUGCCCGGUGGGCACUUCAAGCCCGCGUCUAUUACUACUCGCGGGAUGUCACAGCACUACAUUGGCGGUGCCAUGGGGGCUAACAACCCUGCACGCCGUGGGCUCCGAGAGGCUGAGGCUCUCUUUCCAACUGAUCACCUUGCUAUACUAAUCAGCAUUGGUACUGGGCAUCCUGGUACCACCACGGUGGCGGGUGACGGUGGUACUGUUGGUGCUGGUGAUAUAAAUGCUAUUUAG